UUUUCCCAGAGUGGAGUGUGUUUGUAGCUGAUGUUGAUUUCCAGCAAGCAGUUGCCGAUUGGCCGUUCCCAGAGCUGGGACACGCUUGGUGGGAAUGAGGGUCAGUGGGACCGCAGUGAGAGCAUUUAUGAGCAACAGGCCAGGAUGGCUGGGCGACGGAAUUCCUUGUCCUAUGGAGGGGAUGCAGGAGGAGGCUGGUAUGAACCGUCCCCUGGCUUGCGUCCACCUGACCUGAAACGGGAGCCAUACUCUUACCAGGAGUCUCUAUAUAACCAAACCUACUUGGAUCGACCAGACCCACGCAGCGCGAGGAAGAGUUCUGUUCCUGAACUCAACAGCCACUAUGACCGGCCACCCAUAGCCCACCGUGGCUCUUUACCGCCACCAGACUAUUAUCAGCAAGAUCCUGGUGUACUCCCUAGGCCACCUGAAGGGUUUUAUCUUGGGGAGCAGCCUCACCCCCUCAAUAGGUCAGCUUCUCAUUAUGGAAUGAUGGGAGGGACUCGGCCACCAUGGGAACAGAACCAAGGUGGGAGGUCUGGUCCUCCUGCUCCUACUCCUGCCCCACUUCCUCCUCCACCCCCUAUCGCUCAUGAAAUGACCCGCAUUUACAGGGAACCUUCCCUUCCUGGUCCCCCACCUGCCACCCCAGUGUCCAAAAUGAUGCCAGAUGGGCAGCGCAUUCCAAGUCGGGCACCUUCUCCUGCUCGCUAUGGUGUAGAGCCAACUUCUCCCCGUUAUUGUGCUGAGCCACCGGCCUCUCUUACUGGCCGCUCAUUAUAUGGCGACAUCAAUGGGAGACCAGUGGAUCCUAAUCAACCUACAGCCACCUGCCUGGUGGUGGAUCCAGCAUCUCAAGGGAUGGACGGGACUUCCAGAGGUAUGAUCAUGCGUCAGGAAAGCCCCUCACCAUACACUAUACAGCAACAGCAAGCACAACAACAAACCCAGCAGCAGUUGCAGCAGCAAGUUCAGCCAGUCCAGCAAAUGCAGCCAGUUCAACAAGCACAGCAAAUGCAGCCAGUUCAGCAAGUGCAGCAAAUGCAGCCAGUUCAGCAAAUGCAACAAAUGCAGCCAGUUCAGCAAGUGCAACAAACGCAGCCAGUUCAGCAAAUGCAACAAAUUCCACCUGGUCAAGAAGUGCAGCAAAUGCCUCCUGUACAUCAAGUGCAGCAAACACAGCCUGCACCAGUUCAGCAGAUGCAACCUGUGGCACCCCCAAAUCCUAUCUAUGAUACUAACCCUCCCUUACCUGCUCCUGCCCCAGCAACUACCCCAAGCACGGCUACUGUCACUGCUCAGUUUCCGCCUCCGCUCCCUACUCAACCUGCUAUACCUGCUCCCCCUCUUACAGCCCCCCAAACUCCAUUGGUUCCUGCGGAUCCUAAGAGGACAGCAGACCCAGAGUUUUUGGCAUUUCUGCGCAAUGAAGGUCUGUCUGAGAGCACUAUCACAUCUCUGCUGCAGCAGGGCUUUGAUUCCACAGCGAUGUUGGCUGUUAUGGAAGAGAAUGAUGUUCGCUCUGUUGCACCAAACCUAGGACAGGCUCGUGUUCUUUCUCGUGUGGCACUCAGCUGCAAACGUCCCCCUGACAUACCUCCUCCCACCCCCCACUCCUCUAGUGCUCCAGUCCGUGGACGGUCUAACAGCUUCAGCCAUCGCAGUGACAUAUAUGUGCACCAGCAACCACCAAUGACUCCAGGUAUAGAGUCUCAGUAUAUGCAGCCACCCCUUAGCACUUUGCAGACCAUGUCACCCAGGAUGGGUGAGGUCAUGAGCCGCAGACCAAGUAGUGCUCCUUCACAGCAGCUUCUGGAGGCAAGCGGUUACCCUGGAGCCAGGACACCAGGGGCUUUCAGUGGUGCCAUGGUCCCUGUCCACCCUCGUCCAAUGUCUGCUUAUGCUCCUCAGGCUGGCCUCCCCAUGCCACCCAUGACUGCGAUGUCCCAGCAAGUAGCCCUUCCAUCACACAUACCAGGAAUGCAACCACACAUUCCUGGCUUGCAACAGCAGAUGCAGACUUUAUCGACAUCAAUUCAUGGUGUGCCGCCGCAGAUUCCAGCUGUAGCUGGAGUGCCGCAGGCAAUGGCUGUGCCAGCUCUGCCACCCCAGCAGGCCCCCAAGGCAUAUUCCACCAACUACACUGUGCCCAUGGAGCUGAUGAAGAGGGAUCGGAGCCUGGCCACAAUGACACCCAUGGCCAACCCACACUCAAGUCCACAGAUAAUGCGGAAGCCUGGGUCAGCACCCCAUGAAAGCACACUGGUACCUGUAGGUGCUGCUAUAACAGGCCAGUGUGCUAGCAUCGACAAUCAGAAGCUUAGCCGGCGCACUGGACCACCAGUUAUCGUCUCUACUAUGGCCUCACCUGACACAAGUAUAAGGCCUCAGAUCAUGAACGGGCCAAUGCAUCCCCGGCCGCUGGUAGCUCUGCUGGAUGGGCGAGACUGUACAGUGGAGAUGCCCAUCCUUAAAGAUCUGGCAACUGUGGCCUUCUGUGAUGCCCAGUCCACGCAGGAGAUACAUGAGAAGGUCCUAAAUGAGGCUGUAGGAGCGAUGAUGUAUCACACUAUUACACUGACCAGAGAGGACCUGGAGAAGUUUAAAGCUCUACGCAUCAUCAUCCGCAUUGGCAGCGGCUACGACAACAUUGACAUAAAGGCUGCCGGAGAGAUGGGCAUUGCAGUGUGUAAUAUCCCAUCAGCAGCCGUAGAGGAGACAGCAGAUUCUACCCUCUGCCACAUCCUUAACCUGUAUCGCAGGAACACAUGGCUGUACCAGGCUCUCCGGGAGGGCUCGCGGGUCCAGAGCGUGGAGCAGAUCAGAGAGCUGGCGUCAGGAGCCGCACGCAUACGAGGAGAAACGCUCGGACUUAUUGGCUUUGGCCGAUCGGGUCAAGCAGUGGCAGUUCGGGCAAAAGCAUUCGGCUUCAACGUGAUCUUUUAUGACCCAUAUCUACAGGACGGUUUAGAACGGUCACUGGGGGUCCAGAGAGUAUAUACCCUCCAGGACCUGCUGUACCAAAGCGACUGUGUAUCUCUACACUGCAACCUGAAUGAACAUAACCACCACCUCAUCAAUGACUUUACCAUCAAACAGAUGCGUCAGGGAGCAUUCCUGGUGAACUGUGCACGAGGGGGGCUGGUGGAUGAGAAGGCCUUGGCUCAGGCCUUGAAGGAAGGUAGAAUUCGGGGAGCUGCCCUGGACGUCCAUGAGUCAGAACCAUUCAGUUUUACCCAGGGUCCACUGAAAGAUGCUCCUAAUCUGAUCUGCACCCCCCACACAGCAUGGUACAGUGAACAGGCCUCACUGGAGAUGCGAGAGGCUGCCGCCACCGAGAUACGAAGAGCCAUCACAGGUCGUAUUCCAGACAGCCUCAGAAACUGUGUAAACAAAGAGUUCUUUGUUGCCACUGCACCGUGGGGAGUAGCAGAGCAGCAGGUGCAUGCAGAGCUUAAUGGUGGUGCAUACAGAGUGGCCCAGCCUCUACCAGCUAUAUCUCCCGGCGGCCUGCAAGACAAAAUGUAUACCUAAACCCAGCCAGGCUUGUUCAGGGUCAGGUGGGCGUGACUCCUGGUGGUGUGGGAGGUCCAGCGGAGGGCACGAAGCUAGCUGGGGCGUCCAGUGCCCACGCCCACUCCCUACUGCCAGUCUCCCAGCCCAGCAGAGCCCCUUCCCCCAGCAAGCCCCACACACACAGCACAGAGAACCCCACACAGAGCCAGAACCACAGCAGGCGCCAGGACUUUUAAUAGUGACUGCUGCUGACCAGCAGAACUGUUACAUCAGCCAGUUAACUCCAGACCAAGGACCAAAAAGACGAGAACUGGCUAGCAGAUGCCGCUAACUACAGCGGGGACGGUUCGAACAUGCUUCACGGAGGUGUUCCUUUCCUCCUUUCUGUUCAAGGGAUUUUAGUUUUUCUGUUCUAUUUUUUUUUCCAGAUGUUUUUUUUCACAAAUGUGUUUUCUUGUGUCUUCUUGUACGACAUAUGUUAAUCCUGUGUGGAUGCAGGUAGGUGAGGUUUUCCAAUCUGGGGUGUAGUUUAGCACAGACUCUGCCCACUUUUCAUCUUUGCGGCUCUGGCUGACUGGUCAGAGUGCUUGAAGGACCUUGGACAUCACCUGCCUUGUCUGACCGAACACAGAAUCUCCUCUAGAUGAAUUUAGUCAGUCAGCCUGUGAUUUUGUAUUCCCUUAUUUUUUUUUCUGUUCCUUUGAAACCAAACAAAUUAGUACUUGUCUUUUUGUUCAGAGUGAUUAGUUAUAACAUUAUACUUUGUAUUUAUGAGCAGAUAACAUGGGGGAUGACAGAAAAAGUUGUCUGUAGCGACUAUGAUAACCUUUGGCAUGACCCUUAGCCCUCUCCUGACUUGGCCUUUUGACCACCUGACCUUAGUUAAAUAUCUAAGCGCACAAGUCCAUCGACCACCAGCUCUAACAUUAGCACUCUUAAAAGUGCUUCAGCACAGUAUUAAUUUUUACAUACAUGUCAAUAGUUUUUCAAGCAAAUUAGGCAUGUCAGGAUUUUCCCACACAUAUUGCAUUUAAUGUUAGAAUUUAAACUCACCUUUUAUUUUGUGUUUGAGUACUUUAAGACAAUAGAUGGCAGCUUACAAAGAAAGGGUCCGGAGCCAAGAGCCACCCCUCUCAGGAAACAUUUAUACAUUUUUUGUCUUCAAAGUCUAUGAACCAAGAACCAACAAUCAUUUGUCUCGUCACUUUCUCCCCCAGUUCCCACACAGUUCUCUCUUUGUGUGUUCAUUUUUUUUUAUAGAUCUGACAUUUAAACUAUUUUGAUGUUGAAUGUAUGGCAGUUAGAUUUGUAUUGCCUAGUUUAAUAUUAUUAUAACUGUAGUCUUCUGUGACCCUUUCUCUGGUCUUCUGUUUGGGUUUUAUGACUGAGAAGGCAGGCCGCCUUGAGCUCAUGUUUUUGUUGCUGAGACAUGUUUUCUUCAGCCCGGAAUACCAUGACGUGUAUCGCAGGACAGUGGGCUUGGUUUUUAUUGUGAGUGUUUGUAUUCGUUUCUUGUACCGAGGCAAAUAUUUAGCUUCCAGAACAGUUCAAAUAAAACAGACAAAGUACCAUUCUGACAUCCA